AUGAGAAAGCUUUCAGCUUGGGCUUGCAGGGUUUCACCUGAAAUCCAAGACAAUGCAGGCAAAAUUAAUAGCCCUAGAAAACCACAAAUCCCAAAAUCUUCUUCUGUACUAAAACGUGUUGAUCAAAACCCUAAAUCUUCCUUAACGGGUAAACUACAAUCCGAACAAUCGAUUAAUGAUACAACUUCAACUCAUCAAGUUCAACUUGCAGCUGCCGAGAGAAGAUUCAUCUUAAAACCCAUCGAUCAUCAUUAUCUCAACGAAAUUCUUUCGAGGAAAGACUGGUUUUUAUUGCUAAACCAUGAACUGAAGGCGCGGAGGCUCAACGUGAAUGAUCGGGUUGUGGUUAGCAUUUUGCAGAACCAAGAAAAUGCUUUAUGCGCCUUGCGAUUUUACGUUUGGCUUUCGAAUUUCAGUUCUUCGCUUGCAAAGAACAAAUCCAUUCACAGUGCUUUAAGCAAUGCCCUAUGCAGAAAAGGUCCGCUUUUGUUAUCUGGUGAAUUGAUACAGGAAAUUAAGAACUCGGGGUGCCGAUUAGAUGAGGGCGUGCUCUGCGCUUUGAUUGGUAGCUGGGGAAGAUUGGGGUUGGCAAAAUACUGUUCCGAGGUUUUUCAGCAGGUUUCGUAUUUGGGGAUUUUUCCUAGUACGAGAUUAUAUAAUGCGGUCAUUGAUGGGCUAGUGAAGUCAAAUUCACUGGAUUUAGCCUACCUCAAGUUUCAUCAAAUGGAGGUGGAUAAUUGUGUGAGGGAUAGAUUUACAUACAAUAUUCUCAUUCAUGGUGUAUGUAAGGCUGGUGUAAUGGAUGAGGCUCUUCGUCUAGUGAAACAGAUGGAGGGAUUAGGAUACUUGCCCAAUGUGUUCACAUAUACCAUUUUAAUUGAUGGAUAUUUAAAUGCGAGAAAAAUAGAUGAGGCGUUCAGGCUUCUUGGGAGAAUGAAGACUAGGAAUGUGAAGCCAAAUGACGCCACUUAUAGAUCACUAAUCAAUGGCGUUUUUCGUACUUUGCCCCCUGUUCAAGCUUUUGAGUUGUUAUCGAGAUGGGUGAAUAAGGAGCCCAAUCUUCCUAAAGUUGUUUGUGAUAGCAUAAUUUAUUGUUUGUGUACUAAUUCCUUACCUAAGCAGGCCGCUGAAUUUUCAAAGACAGCAGGUGAACGGGGUUAUGUUCCAGAUAGUUCAAUAUCUAAUAUUGCCUUGACUUGUUUGAUAAAAGGAUUAGACCUGGAUGAAGCGUGUAAGAUGUUUGAGUUUUUCAUUGAGCGUGGGGUGAAGGUGGAUUUAAGUACUUGCCUGGCACUCAUUGAGGAAUUAUAUAAAUCGAGAAGAGAAGAAAAGGGCAAUGAGUAUUUAAGCCGGUUAAUCCAAAGAGGACAUGUCGCUAAUGUAUUUUCGUACAAUCUGAUGAUUGAUUGCUUCUGCAAAGCGAAAAUGAUGAACAAAGCCAUGGAGACUUUUAGGGUAAUGUCUAAAAGGGGUAUUUUGCCUAAUCUUGUUACUUUCAAUACCCUCAUCGCAGGCUACAGUAAGGUUAGGGAUGUAAAGAAGGCACGGGAAGUGCUACUUAUGCUAUUUGAUCAUGGUUUAAAACCAGAUGUGUUCACUUUCAGUUCGAUUAUCGAUGUUCUAUGCCAGGUUAAUCAGAUUGCCGAUGCUUUUGACUGUUUCUUGGAAAUGAUGGAGUGGAGGAUUAAUCCCAAUGCAGUCACGUAUAACAGCUUAAUUCAUUCAUUGUGUAUCUCGGGGGACAUUUUUAAAGCAAUGAGAUUAUUGAGAAAGAUGAAAAGUGAUGGGAUAUUGCCUGAUGUUUAUACCUUUAAUGCUUUAAUACAGAAUUAUUGUAAACUUAAUAAAAUCGAUAAGGCCCAGAGGCUUCUCGCAAGCAUGUUGUCACUUGGUUUGCGUCCAGAUAAUUUUACGUAUGUUGCUUUUAUUAAUUGUCUGUGUCAAUCUGGGAGGUUUGGUGAGGCCAGAGAUUUGUUUUAUUCAAUGGAAGAAAAUGGAUGCAAACCUGAUGCUUAUACGUGCAAUUCAUUCAUUGAUGCCUUAGUAAAGUCUGGAAAAUUUGAAGAGGCUCAAGAUGUGUGGAUGAAAUAUGAACAGAAGGGAAUUAUUUUGAAGCCGGUGCCUACAGAGUCCAGAGGCGUGAUAAAAGAGUUUGGGUUGCUUUUUAGGCAGAUUGGCUUUGCCUUCCUAUACAAAUACAAGCAGAAAAAAACCCGAGCUGUGUGGCUGGAACUCAAAGUGGUCAUGCGAUUCAGAGAAGGUGUUGUUUGGUACAGCGCUUUAGUAGGAAGGGCGUAUGAAUAUCCUCACUUGGGAGCUGCAGGAGUCGUUGCUGAUGAGUAUUUGCCUAAAGCAGAGGUUGAAGGAGAGACUAAUCAGUUCUUUCCUGAAUCUGGGAUAGUAGGCACAAAUCCUGCUCUUAUUUUCAACAAAGCCAUUGGAUGUUUUAGCGACAAAUAUAUAUACAGCCGUUGUAAUGAAGAUCACAGGCUCACUCAAAGUGGAUUGCUCAAUGUUCCAAUUGGAUACACUGAUGAAUAUUGUAAUGGGCCAUGUUUAGGAGAGACGAACCACGUUUUAGACUGCAUUGGUGGAUUCCUAAAAGGGUUCAUAUUUUAUAAUAAGGCAACACUAAGAGAUAUAAGAGACACCCUCGAGUCUGGAUGUGGCUAUGGACCUUUAAGAGGCAACUUUGAUGUGGUUCGGAAUAUUGAAGCCGGUGAUGCCAGCAAGUACAAGGCGUCUAAGCAUGUCGUUUAUGCACUCGUGGUGAUGAUUAUCGGUUGGAGAUUAGUGAUCUAAUUCAUGCUAUAUUCAGUGGAACAAAUUCUUGAUUUUCUCUGAGAUGAUUGCAUAUGCAUACAUUAUAUGUGUAUAUGUAUUUGUUACUAAUGUCAUCUAGUACGAUACUCGUGUACUAGAUAAGUACU